UAGACUCUGUGCUCUGUUUCCCAUCCCUCAUGUUGCUGAAAGCCGCCGCGUCAAGAUUAUUUUAUUAAGCAUCGUUUUCACAUUUUAUCAAAAGAGAGUCUUGUUAUACCACCAAGAAAAAUAAAACAAAAUGGCUGCACCUCAAACCUGCAAAGUUUUUGUUGGCAGUUUACCUCCAGGCACAAAGCCGGAAGAACUUCGUCAUUUAUUUGAAGAUUAUGGAGUUGUUGUGGAAUGUGAUGUCAUGAAUCGUUGCGGCUUUGUGCAUAUGAAAAAUGCCGCUAUGGCAGAAAGCGCCAUUCAGGCCUUGAAUGCCAGUGACUUCAAGGGCCAAUCAAUUGUAGUGGAACAUGGUAGACCGAAGGAGCGUGGCGGCCCUCAAGGUGGCCCCAAUGCAGGCGUUGUUGGAAGACCUCAAAGAGGUGGCGGUCGCGGUGGUGGAAUGGGUGGAGGACGCGGAGGCGGCGUUGGCUUCCCUGGCAACGCACAACAAUUUAAUAACGCAAAACAAGCCGCCACAUUGCAAUUGGCCGGCGUCAUUCUGGAAUUGUUAAAUGACCAAAACGAAAACGAAAAUAUUGCAGGUGGUGGCGGCGGCGGCGGCGGAGGAGGAUUCCUUAUUGGCAGCGGUCCUGGUCCAAUGGGUCGUGCAAUUGCAGGUGGAGGUAAUUUCCAAGGCGGCCGUGGCGGUGGUCCUCAGAAUAUGAAUGGUCCCGGCCCCAUGCGUAAUCAAGGUUUUAAACAGGAUCGUUCAGCACCUUACCCGCAGCAUAACAUGAACAUGGGUGGCGGUCGACCGCAAGAUGGACCAGGUGGCAAAUUCAAUAACCAGAAUAGAGGUGGUGGCAUGGGCAGAGGCGGUGGCAACUUCGGACCAAGCCGUGAAGGAAAUUUCAACAACUCCUAUCAGGGUAACAAUGCCGGUGAUAAUGGAGGUUGGCAGAAUAACAUGGGUGGCGGAGGUGCUGGGGGUCCCAGUCGUGGUCCUAACCGUGGUGGUGGCGGUGGCGGUGGAGGUUUCAACCAAAACCAAGGUGGUCGAGGCAGCGGCGGUGGUGGCGGCUAUAAUGACAACAAUAAUUUCUCUGGAGGAUUCAGUGGCAAUAUGAACAGCGGACCUCGUGGAGGUUUUGGCAAUGGACAACAAGAUCGUCGGGGCUUCACUUUGCCUUCGAAUCAACCACCUAAAUAUGGUGGUGCUAAUCAAGGAGGCGGUGGCGGUUUUGCAGAUGAUGUCAGUUUUGCCAAUGACGAUGCCAUUUUCCAAAGAAGAACUAAUAAUGGACCCAAUGUUGGUGGCCCUACCGGUGGCAAUUUCAAUCGUGGUGGCGCUGGUGGUGUCAAUCGUGGUAACCGCGGUGGCGGCGGAAAUUUCCACAAUAAUCGCGGAGGUAUGGGUGGACCACCACCUCCGGGUCCCAAUCAAGGUGGCUUCAAACGAAAUUUCGCUGGUGGCAAUAACAUGGACUCGGGAGAUGAUGAUUAUCAACAGCAAUUCCCACCUCUAGGCGGCGGCAGAGGUGGAGGAGGAGGAGGUGGUAAUGAUUUCCCCCAAGGCGAUUUCGGCAAUAACCGUGGCGGUGGAGGCCGAGGAGGUUUUGGCGGAGGAUUUAAUCGAGGCGGAGGCAUGGGAGGAGGUAUGGGCCGAGGAGGCUUUGGUGGUGGUGGCGGCGGAGGUCCUGGUGGCAAUAUGAAUCGCAAUGCGCCCAGACAAAAUAUGCCAAAUCGUCGCUAUUAAAAAAAAAACGAAAGACACUUUCUGAUUAUCCAGAAAAUUGAUAAAAAUCUAAAUUUUAACGAAAAACAGCGAAGACCUAUAUCGCUUAUUAAGGGAUGGAGCUUUGACAAAAGCAAAAGAAAACAAAAAAAAACCAGGAAUUUUUAAGCAAAACCUAGAAAAUAAUUUAAUCAUAAAUCAAAAAAGCAUAAUAAAAACGUAAAUAAUAGUGCGGUCUGCAUAAGAUCGACUUAUGGUGGUACUUACAAAGUUCUAAACUAAGGACAUACGCCACUUGGGGUGUUCGAAACUAUGCGUUAUACAUUACCAGCAAAUGUAAAGUAACAAAUUUUCAUUUUUAUCCUACAAAAAAAAAAAUAACAUUUGAUUAUUCACUAUUCACAAGAUUUUUUAACCAAUUUCGUCCACCACCAAACAGUCGACAUUUGCGUUAUGGCGGCCUAUCAUAUAGUAUAUACAUACCUAAGUAAAAACAGUAGGUUCCACUAACCUGCAGCAUAAGGUUAAUCCUUCAAUUUAGCUAACAGGCAUUCUCUGCUCCAGAAAGUCCCUCUUAAGAUUACUCAUUAUUUAGUUAAUUUUUUCCCCAAACGAAAAGCAAAAAAAAAGAACAAAAUCCAAAACUGACGUAUGAGAUAAGUUAAAAAAGAAAAUCAUUUACUUCACCAAAUCAAUUACUAUAAAAGCAAACCCCUAUUAUAAAAUAAUAAAAGCGUUUUUAAUCACUUGAAAAUAUACAUAUAUCAACUAAUACAAAACGAACAAAAACCAAGAAA